AUGGAACGUUUGCUCGACAGUCUGCUUGUGCCAGACAUCGACGGGUUGCUGGUCCCAGCUUCCAGUCAGCGCAGUGACGAUAGCAUUGGCGACUUUGACAAAGGCACGAUGUCGAGCGAUUACUACACUGGCGGCGAAACGCUUGUGUCGAGGCCCAAGGUUGAGUUACAGACGUCUACAUCUAUAGAUGAGGAGCCGAAUAUUGAUGCAAACGGAUAUGGGGACCAGCUCAUGUCUAUCGAAGACGUUGAGGAUCCAAAUUGGGCGCCCGCCCGAAAACUCGUUCCAUCGAGAACAAUCAAGCCAGAUCCUGAGCAUGCCGUCAAGUUUCAGCAUGCCUGUGAUUCACGAGGUAUGGUUCCGGAGUUCAGGUACCAAGAAGACGGGUCUCAACUCUACUCUGUAACUGUGGCCUUUAGCGAGUCUCUCGUCGAUGGCAACGGGACGUUCCCCAACAAAUGGCUUGCAAAAGAAGCAGUAUGCAAGCGUGCCUUGCUCAUAAUACAGGAGUUGGGCACCAUCGCCCCUGAUAAGCGCAAGAACAUUGAGUUUAGCACGCCGAAUGAUGUCGUGAGCGCCGCUAUACUCAACGGCACCAAUUGGAUCGGAACUCUACAAGAUUACUGCCAGCUACGCAGGCUGAAGCUGCCUGAAUACGAGGAGCUGCAGACCACCAAGACACCUUACACAUUUGCUUGCGGAGUCAAGCUUGCGAUGCCCAAUGCACCUCUCCUCGGAUCCCGGACUGAUACUUAUUCGAACAAAGCACUAGCGCGGAAGGCAGCUGCUCGUGAAGCAGUCAUCUGGCUACGGAGCCAAGGUGCCGUCCUGAAGGAUGCAUGGGUCAACGAUGUGGCUGCGAAGCGAGUAAAGCUGGGUGAACCAGACUUGUGCAGUACGGACUCUGAUAACGACGACGACACCUCCGAACCGGCGAUCGAGGGCAACGCGCAAGAAAGUCUGCCGUCUCAAGUCGCGAGUCUGGCGAUCAGUCUUGGGUUCAGUCAUCCAAGCUACCACAUCGAGCCGUCGAGGUCCAGGACAGGUGCAUUCGGGUCUGAUGGUAGUCCUUUUGUCGAUGUGGGCGCGACUUUCCUUCUGUCUGAUGUGAGGAAGGAACCUAGACUUGGCGGUACUCUUGGCCAGCACACAAAUGUGUUCGGGAAGAAGGCGACAAAGGAGAAGUGUUGUCAGGAAGUGCUGGAUUUGCUAAAAGCAAUUAUGGAGGAGAGGACAUCGUGA